CAUUUCAUUUCAUUGUCGAUCGAAACGAAAACACAAUAAUUUAUGCAACUAUUUCAUCACAAAUUAAUCAAUUUGCGAAUAACUUGGUUAUUUUCUGACCCUAAACCCUCUCCAAGACCUCCAAAGUCGUCCUCUACCAAAAAAUCUAUCAAUUUUCCCACUCCCAUCCAUGCCAAUUCCCCACACUUCGCGAGUGUUUACUUUGUGCGUUCCCAGCUUCCAAUGUCGAAAAUGAAGAAGUUGACGGGCUCAUUCCGCUAUACGCAGUGGGACCCGUGCCUCAUCACGUGCCAGAUAGUGUCCAUGCAGUCCGUCUGCUACUUGUCCCUGUGUGUGCUGGUGGCUAUUAUGGAGGAUCUGACUUCUUCAACCAGGACUCUGGAUCACAUCUUUGAAUAUCACGAGAUCCAUGUAAGAGAUGGAGAGGGUCGCUCAGUAAUAUCUGCAUUUGUUCUGAAUGCAAUCAUUGCAGCAGUUGCACUGUGGUUCAUUGUUGGAAGGACUAAAUUGUGUUUGGACUUCAGUUGCACAUACUACGGCAUCCACCUCAUAGCGUGCUGGAUGUACAACGGCAGCUUUCCCACCACAUUCUCCUGGUGGACGCUGAAUGUGGCCUGCGCGGCCAUCACAUGUGUCUCCGGAGAGUUCUUGUGCUUACGGACUGAGCUACAAGCGAUACCGUUGAGCAAUAUCGGUGCUAAAGUUGACUUAUGAAAGUGUGGGAAACAGACAGUUGGAUGUGCAAUUUUAGUGUGAGCAUAGCUCUGUGUACAGGGGAAUAGUUGGAAAGUUAAGUUAAUAAGAAAUUUGAUGUUUUUAGAUGUUUAAACAUUUUGUAUACUCAUACUUUGUUUAAUAUCUGGUAAGGCUCUUUGUUUAAAUUUAAGUAUGAGGCUUAUAAAUUUAAUUUACUCAUAUUUAACUAAAAUAACUACUAGUAAAUUACUGACCAAAAUGGUUUUUGAUUGAGUUACUUUUCCUUGUAUAUUUUUGCCUCUCAUUUAUGAUAUAAAUAUAA